AUGUCAUCUGGCCUGGUGGACAUCCUCGAGAAUGCAAGGACCGAACGCAACUUCGGCACUUAUUCCGCCAGCAAUUCCACUUUCAACUCGGCGACCAGCUCGUCUUUCAACACAACAUCUGCCGCUGAACAAAAUGCAGUUGAUAAUGCCAUGCAGUGGUUCAUGGCUAAAGACACUAAACAACAACAGCAGCAACAACAACAACAACAACAGCAGCAGCAACAACAGCAGGAAAACAGUUUUAAGCAACUAUCUUUAAAUCGGCAGUCAUUAUCUUUCUUUCAACUGCAACAACAACAACAACUGCAACAACAACAACAACUGCAGCAUCAGUAUCAACAACAACAACUACUACUAUUACUGCAACAACAAGCAAAGCCCAACGAAGCAACAAGCCAAAUUUGGAAUCCGAGCCAAGCAACAAGUCAACUGGGACCUGCUGGAUCAUCAACAUCGUCGUCAUCAUCAUCGUCUACAUCAUCGUCAUCAUUGUCCUUUUUAUCAUCAUCAGCAGCAGCAGCAUUGAUAGCACCUACUUCAAUGCCAUGUUCAUCUUUAACACCAUCAUCAUCAUCACUUUCAUCUCUACCAUCAUUUGCAUCUCGUGAUGAAAACCAAUUACAAAGCAAUAACAUUAACAAAAUCAGCAGCACCAGCAACGAUAACAACAACAAGAUAACAUUAAAAACAACCGCAGCAGCAAACAAGAGUGACGACGUUGAUGUGAUUGACAGCAACGGAAAUGAUCACUCGCAUGAACAAAAACUCCCUCAACAUAAUCACCACCAUAUUAAUCUGAGACAACAUCAAAAGUUUAUCGAACCCUUUGUUGGUCAUAUCUAUAGUACAGAAAAAUCCAAGUCGGUUGUUGUUGUAUGCGAAGACAGUACUACACCAACAACAUCGGCAACAACAUCCAUCUUUUACAACGAAGAUUCAGCAAUUGUAAAAACUAUUGUAUCAACGACAGACUUCAGCGAGGGUGAGGAAGGGGAGGAUCACAACGUCAGUGGCGGCAAAAUUAAAAAAACUAAAGAAUCAGGCAAAACAUCAUCAAACGUUGGACAGCCUUUAAAAUCAUCCGACCAGCAAGCCGCAACCAUCAAUAGACGAACAUUUCGACUUUGUAAUGGUUGUAAAAUAUGCCCCCAUUCGACCAGAUAUUUUUUCCAGCACAUCACUCAAAUGCAUUCCUUUCUACCGACAUCAUCUUCCGAUAAUGUGACAUCAUCGCAAUUGCUGGCUGCAACAUCUGCAACUCCUUCCUCACCAACACUCUCGUCAUCGUCGACCUCAUUUCCUCCGCUGGACGAGAUGAUGUCGAACGAGCGGUGUAGCUGGUUUUUCACAUCUGAAAGAAUCGCUGAGCCGCGUGCAAGAUGCACCUAUAAAAACCGCGAUGCCGAUGGCGACGAUGAUGGCGACGGCGAUGAAGGCACUUUAAAAUUUAAGCCAGUCUACAAACUGUACAUGCUGCACGAUCAGCACGUAAUAUCAGAACCCGCUGUGAUCGAACCUACCUCAGACCAGGCCGCAGUGCCAUUCUCCGAUCACAGCAGCAUCACUGACGUUAAUCAGGUGCCAGUUAACCAGUCGGCAAGAGCAGCUAGUUUCAAUAAAAAUGUGAAUGGAAAUUACGGCAACAACAACGAUGACGCAGACAAUAACAUUAAUAGUAACACACUCGACAGCAACAACAACAAGGCCUCUGCUGUUCUCAAUGAUUUCGAGCCAAACAAAAUAAUAAAAUCGGAAUUAAUGGACAGCAAUCCGUCCGCAGAUCUUCUUGCUUUGGAUUCCGCCGCUAAGGAAAUGGAUUUGAAAGCUCUCUGUCGUCUGCGUUCCGGGGACUGGGACUUUGCCCAACAUAUGGCUAUGCUGGCUGAUAAUGCUGUUGAUGAAAAACCAAAUCUGCUGUUCCCCACAACCACCACCAAUAAUAAUAAUAAUAAUAAUAACCACAACAGCAGCAAUAGUCGUUUGUACAACAAUUUUUUUCAAAAUCAUUUUGACGAAGAACAUUUCAGUAGCAGCAGCAACAACAACAACAACAACACACAACAACAGAUGUUUCAACAACAGCAGCAACAACAACAAAUGUUAAUGAUAAGAAACACGUGUAAAAUGUUGAAAUGCCCCAAGUGCAACUGGCAUUACAAGUACCCGGAAACACUAGAGAUUCACAUGCGCGAGAAACAUCCAGAGACUGACCACCAGUGCGUGUUGUGUUUGCGUGGACAGCCACAUCCUCGUCUGGCUCGCGGUGAAGCUUACACGUGCGGCUACAAACCUUAUCGUUGCGAUGUCUGCAACUACAGUACGACAACAAAGGGUAACCUGAGCAUUCACAUGCAGUCAGACAGGCACAUGAACAACAUACAAGAACUGCACUGUCUCAACAGCAACAACAGCAACAACAGUAGCGCAGGCGCCGGCAACUGUGUGGGAAACAGUGCUUGCUUGACUGGACUGCCACCGCUAAGCAAUGUUGGUGGUUCAACAUCUAUGCCUCUACAACUGACGUCACAAACUGCACUGACUCCCGUCAUUACGUCAUCAACUGCAGGAGGAAGCAGUGGUUGCGGUGGUGGUGGCACUGGUGCGACCCUGUCUCCUUCGACACCACCAUCAUCAUCCUAUUCUCCUGAAAGGAAGAUUGGCAUGGAAAGUAGUGGCGACUGCAAUAACAACAACAUUAACAACAAUAAUAACAAUACUAACCUGAGCAGUGUGUAUUCAAAUAACAGCACGUUAUUUCCUAAUAACAACAGCAAUAUAUUUGCUGGCAACAUAUUUUCAGGCAACAAUCACAGCAACAAUCACAGCAACAGUUCAAGUAGCAGCAAGCCUGCCUCGUGGCGUUGUGAGACUUGCAACUAUGAAACCAACGUUGCAAGAAAUCUUCGAAUCCACAUGACCAGUGAAAAACACGCUCACAAUACUUUAGCAAUGCAACAACAACAGCAACAAAUUAUGCCAUCAAAAAACAACAACAGCAACAACAGCAUCAAUUUGUUUGGAAAUAAAAUUAAUAAUAGCAAUAAAUUCAGCGAACUCAUGACAGAAAGCACAGACGGCGGUAAAUAUGCCAAUAACGAUAAUUUUUCCAACCUCAGCAAUAACUGCAGCAACAACAAUGUUGACAACAUCUCACAACAACAGCAACAUUUUUCUCAACUUUUACCUUGGGGCUCGUUGCUACCCUCAUUUUCUUCGUCUCUUGAUUAUCUUCUUUUCAAUUCACCUCUGAACAAAUAUACUCAAGAAUCAGACGCCAAAAAACUAUUUGACUUUCGACAGUUCUACAUGAACAGCAGCAGCAACAACAACAACAGCAACAACAACAACGUGUUGUCGCAACCCUCUUCAUCAAUGAUGUCCUCAAACCUGAACAGCGACCAGCAGCAUUUUUCCUGCAGGAUCUUCCAAUGCGCAACGUGCUGCAGUUUCGGUACGGACAACCUGGAGGACCUGCACAAACACGAGCAGGUCGACAGGACGAUCAACGGAGCCGAGAAAGAAGGUAUUAUGGUAGUGAACGGGACCUAUGUAUGCACACUCUGUCAAUAUAAAUCCAACCUGAAAGCGAAUUUCCAGCUGCACUGCAAAACGGACAAGCACCUGCAACGUUUGCAGCUGGUGAUCCACGUGAGAGAGGGCGGUCCCGAGAAUGAAUGGAGACACAUGCAGAUGGGAGCCGUUCUUUCCGGCCACCACCUCAUAACCGUCCGAUGCAACGCCUGCGAUUUUGGGACGAACAGUGUGUACAAGUUGCAAGUGCACGCCUCCGAUCCCGAACAUUUAGGCAAUGUUGCCGUCUUUCUGGAUUUGGUUGCCAAGUGUUGCGACAACAACAACAAUAGCAACGGCAACAAUAUUAACGUCUCAAAUAGCAACAGCAGUGUCGCAAACAACAGCAACAUAUCUUGCACAAACAACGCAGAGGAGGAAAGCAGCCGCAAGAGUAACAAAGAUGAUGUUGAUGCUGCAGACGAUUCCACAAACUUCCAACCGCUACAUCCGUCCUCCUUCGACAGCGCGGUCCACAAUCUCAACAAAUACAACACCAACAACGUUAACAGCUACCAGAACCCCAACCCUCCUACGCCAACCGAUAGCAAAUGUCCUUGCUUCAACUGCGUUCCGUGCGGCUUCAGCACUCCAGUGAGGUUGUUGUUCGCUCGCCACCUCUCCACUCCCCAGCACAGGAUGCUGGAGCAUCGAUUCAUGGAGCUCCAACAACAACUUGCCAGCUUUGCAGCCAGGGAGGGGUCAGGCGUGGCUCAGAGGAGAUUGUUCGGUGGCGGUGGCAGUGGGGGUGGGUAUGGUAACAGUGGAAAUGUAGGUGGCAGUUCAGGUGUUGGUGGUGCAGGUGGUAGCGGUGAUGGCUGCUAUGGAGACGACAGCUUAGAAGAUGGCAAUGCUGACGUCAACAACAACGACAACAACGAUACAACCCAGAAUAGAACACCCCCAAACACACACUUACACACCGACAAACAAACACACCAUCGACAAGACUUGGAAGACAGACAGAGGACACUGGAACAAACAGAACGCAGCGCCAAUGAGCAGAUGUCCCUCUAG